AUGCUGAGCGCCGCCUCCUCUAUCGCGCUGUUGGCGCUUCCGGCAAUUUUGUUCUACCUGUAUGCUGCGCUGUACUACCGCCGUUUCAAGCAGCACGGAAAUUUACCACAACUCAAACCAUCGUUGAUAUGGGGCCAUCUAAAAGCCAUCCACGAAUUCCAGCUGAAGCGUGGCAUGGAGGAAGAGGAGACUGAUCCCACUUUUGGAGACAUGUUCGAAUCUAUUGGCAAUCCACCAGUUAUGAUCGUCGACCUCCGUCCUCUUAAUCACCCUAUUCUUUUUAUACGUAAUCAUGAGAUUGCCGAACAAGUAACUAGACAGUCGAAGCUAUGGCCGUACAGCACUCCUAAGUCCGACACCAUGAAGCAUCUCUUGCCACUCUUGGGCGACACGUCAAUCGUGUUGGCUUCAGGCUCUCGAUGGAAAGAUAUGAGGAAGCAUUUCAACCCUGGCUUUGCCCCUCAACAUUUAAUGAGCCAAAUGCCCGUCAUUCUCGAUAAAAUACCGUUCUUUAUUUCCGAACUGAACAAGCGCGCUGAGACUGGAGAGGUCUUUGAGCUUGAGCCGCUUUGUACCAAUCUCACCUUCGAUAUAAUUGGUGCUGUAACCAUGGGCGUCGAUCUUGGAGCCCAACUCCCCGAAGACCAACAGACAGACUUCAUCAAAAACUACAAAGACUUCCUCUUAACUUACAAGAACAAUACCGGUGCGAUAACUUGGGAAAGUCCAAUGACUAAAUGGCGACGUAAAAAUCUCUCGCAGAAACUCAACGGCUUUUUGGCAGAAGCGAUCAAAAGGAAAUUCGAUGAUGUGAAGAAAGAUGUCUCCAGUCGAAGCGUUCUGGCACUGAGUCUCAAAGACACUCAAAUUUUGACCCAGGAUGUUGUCAACAUCACAAUGGACCAACUCAAGACUUUCAUGUUUGCGGGACACGACACCACCAGCAUCCUCCUGCAAUGGGCUAUCUACGAGCUAUCUAGGACACCUCGUGCUAUGAAGACUCUCCGUGCAGAACUGGAAAGUCUCUUUGGCCCUGUGCUCAGUCCUGAAGCAGUUCGCGAGGCCUUGUUAUCCAGAGGCGACGAAAUCAUUCAGAAGAUGACAUAUACUUCGGCGGUCAUCAAGGAGAUUCUGCGCCUCUACCCACCCGCCGGCUCUGCGCGCUUAUGCCCCCCGGGGUCAAACUUUCACCUUCAAUUUUCGGAUGGUAGCAGUCACUGCGUCGACGGAAUUGUUCUUUACACUUGCGCGUCUCUCAUUCAGCGCGACCCUGAGGUCUACGGCAGCACCAAGGAUGACUUCGUGCCAGAGAGAUGGUUAGGUAAUACAGAUACAUCGACGACGACGAACGACGACGAAAAAGCAGAAAUUAACAAUGCAAGCGGAAAUGAGAUUCCUGCUGCGGCUUGGAGGCCGUUUGAAAGGGGACCGAGAAACUGCAUUGGGCAGGAACUGGCCAACAUUGAAGCUAGGGUGAUCUUGGCGAGUGUGGUUGGCCAUUAUGAAUUUGAAAAGGUCGGCCUUGGAGAGGCGACGCUCGGCACGGAUGGGAAGCCCAUCAUCAACGAGAAGGGUCAACAUCAGUCAAACACGCGGCUGUACAACACUCGGCAAAUCACUGCUAGGCCCGUCGAUGGCACGAGAGUCCGAGUCAAGCUUCGAAGCGCUUCUUCAUAG